AUGGCAAAGGCACGUGUCAAGAAGCGCACUCAUUUGCGUGCGCAGAAUGCUUCAGCUGCUUCCAAGGGCAGCGGUGCUAUUCAGAGCAAGGCGCCUAAGUCCAUGGUCAUUCGUGUCGGCGCUUCUCAAGUCGGUACCAGUGUCAGCCAGCUCGUCAAGGAUGUUCGUCAUAUGAUGGAACCCGACACGGCUGUGCGAUUGAAGGAACGUCAAUCCAACAGACUGCGGGAUUACACAGUGAUGGCUGGUCCCCUCGGUGUCACACAUUUGAUGCUUUUCUCCAAAUCCAGCACUGGAAACACCAAUAUGCGACUCGCUGUGACACCUCGCGGCCCGACCCUCUACUUCAAGCGCUCGCAAAAGCGUCCCCGAAGUGGUGGUCAGGAUCACAAGACACCGCCGCUGUUGGUGAUGAACAAUUUCAAUUCGCCCGAUGCUACCGAGGACUCCAAAGUGCCGAAGCGCCUCGAGACCCUCACAACGACUAUCUUCCAAUCCCUCUUCCCUCCGAUCAAUCCUCAGGCCCAGCCCCUCUCUUCCAUCCGUCGAGUCAUGCUCUUGAACCGCGAGAAGUCUGAAGACAAAGACAACGAAUCCUACGUGAUCAGCCUCCGACACUACGCUAUCGUCACAAAGAAGACCGGACUGUCAAAACGUAUUCGCCGCUUGGACCCUAAGGAGAUUCGCAACAGAGACAAGAAAGCUGCCGUGCCAAACCUUGGCAAGCUCGAGGAUGCUGCCGACUACCUUCUCGACCCGUCCGCUGCUGGUUACACAUCUGCCAGUGAGACCGAGCUGGACACCGACGCCGAGGUGGAGGUUGCUGAGAGCACGACCCGCCGAGUCUUGAACAAGCGUGAAGCCCAGCGCCAGAAGGCUGGUGAGAAUACCGAGAAGAAGCCUACCGUUCCCGGCGUUGAGAAGCGGGCUGUCAAGCUAGUCGAACUUGGACCCCGUAUGAAGCUUCGUUUGAUGAAGGUUGAGGACGGUGUCUGUGAUGGCCGGGUUAUGUGGCACGACUUCAUCACAAAGAGCGAGAAGGAGAUCCGGCAGCUUGAUCAGAACUGGGCUGUGAAGAGGAAGGAGAAGGCGGCGCGUAAGAAGCUGCAGCGAGAGAACAUCGAGAAGAAGAAGAAGGACAAGGCUAAGGCCCGGGCUAAUGGUGAGAAGGUGGAAGAUGACGAGGAUGUCGAUAUGUAUGAGGAUGAGUGGCUCAGUGACGACGACGCCGAGGGCGCUGAAGACUCGGAUGAGAUGGAAGAGUAA